GAUCGUAUGUGGCGUAAGACCCGCUCCCAGACCCCAGGAUCUGUGUGCCGUGGAGUCGAUCCCAACAGGAACUGGGAUGCAGGCUUUGGUGGCCCCGGUGCCAGUAAGAACCCCUGCUCUGACUCCUACCACGGACCCUUUGCUCACUCUGAGAUCGAGGUGAAGAACAUUGUGAACCUGGUCAAGAGUCAUGGAAACUUUAAGGCCUUCAUCUCCGUCCAUGCCUACUCCCAGCUGCUCAUGUACCCCUACGGCUACUCCUGCGGGAGUGUGCCCCAUCAGUCUGAGCUGGACUCUGUCAGCAAAGCAGCAGCACAGAAACUCACUUCCCUCUACGGCACCUGGUACAAAGUUGGAAGCAUCUGCAACAUCAUUUACCAAGCCAGCGGUGGAAGCAUCGACUGGUCUUACGAUGUGGGCAUCAAAUACUCCUUUGCCUUUGAGCUGAGAGACACCGGUCGCUUUGGUUUCAUCCUGCCAGCUGACCAGAUUAUUCCCACCGCCUCAGAGACCUGGUUGGCCCUGAAGCACAUCAUGGACUACGUCAGUGACCACCUGUACUGAUGGAUGUUUAAUUGGGCUGAACCUUGCAUUUUUUAAUCAAACCACUCAUAAAUUCCCUGAGAAAAAUAAA